AUGUCACAGUCCCUCGCGAUAGACGUCUGCCGCGACAGCUGCGCAUCACCCCCACCAACAUGCAAUAUAGCUCCAGUCAUGAAGUACAUCUGGCAGCAACCCGUACUUCACCAACUUAGCCGUCGCGGCAGCGGUCGGGCCGGCAGUCGGGGUUUCCUCGCCUCCCUUGCGCUCCCGGCCACCGCCACCGCCGUCGCCGCGGUUGGUUCGGUGGUGCUGCUGGUUGUGCUGCUGGUAGCGAACAGUAUGCCUGUGGCCCGCGGUCAGGCCUACCUGCCAGCCAACAUGAUUGAUGCCAUGGAGUCCGCCAUGUUCCUCAACAAGUUCAUGGACGCUGCUGACGUCACUGGCUUCUACGACAAAUUCCUCAACGAGAACUUCCGGGGCACUGUCUUCGCGCCCGUCGACUUGGGCUUCGAUGCGCUUCUGCAAAAGACCAACGCGACGUGGGACGACCUGCUGGCGCCCGAGCUGAAUUCCACUCUGGCGGCGAUCGUGGGGCUGCACGUGGUUCCGGCGCAGCGCGUUUUCCCUUUGUCAUCCGUGCGCGAGGGCACCGAGCUAACCACUGCUGCGGGCAUGAAGCUCUACGUGCGACGCGAUGUCCCGGGCAUCACCCACAUCUACGCGGUACCCCGUCCCGAGGAAGACCCGCUCAACUUCGCUACCGUACUGCAAUACCAGGAAAUCCGCGGCGGCAAGGCCAUUCUUUAUGUGGUUGAUAAAGUGCUGCUACCCCCGGUCAAGGCCUCCCCUCCGGCGCCCGCGCCCACCACCACUCGUCGCAAUCGCGGCGCUCCAGCGAACACCUCCUCCCAGCGCAAGGCCCGAGUGUAA